CGCCAUUUUGACUGAGCAACCCUAGUGACAGGAGCCGAAGCAGCAGCGCAGGUUGUCCCCGUUUCCCCUCCCCCUUCCCUUAUCCGGUUGACUUCCCGGGCCCCCUACACUCCACAGUCCCAGUUCCGCCAUGUCCCAGAAACAAGAAGAGGAGAACCCUGCGGAGGAGGCCGGCGAGGAGAAGCAGGACACACAGGAGAAAGAAGGUAUUCUUCCUGAGAGAGCUGAGGAGGCAAAGCUAAAGGCCAAAUAUCCAAGCCUAGGACAAAAGCCUGGAGGCUCCGACUUCCUCAUGAAGAGACUCCAGAAAGGGCAAAAGUACUUUGACUCAGGAGACUACAACAUGGCCAAAGCCAAGAUGAAGAAUAAGCAGCUGCCAAGUGCAGGACCAGACAAGAACCUGGUGACUGGUGACCACAUCCCCACCCCACAGGAUCUGCCCCAGAGAAAGUCCUCGCUCGUCACCAGCAAGCUUGCGGGUGGCCAAGUUGAAUGAUGCUGCCCGGGGCUCCACCAGAUCCUGAGACGCUGCCCCCCCUGGGUCCUGUGCUGGCUCCUGCCCCUCCCUGCUUUUGCAGCCAGGGGUCAGGAAGUGGCUCGGGUGCGGGCUGGAGAGGCAGAAGCCCCUGCCUGUCGGUGUCCCAGCGCAUGGAGCCCCUUGGGCUGAGCACCAAGACCUUGAACCUUUUUUGUUUUACCUUUUUUCCAAAUAAUUAUUGCGAGAAAUCUCAAUGAAAUCCUGGGAGUGUGGUGAGAGGGUGGGGUGGGA